UCUUAAUCUCCAGAAACAAAAUUCCAAACUCCUACUUGUCUCUUUCUAUUGUUUUCGUAACUGCAAAACCUCUCAGCACUCUCUCACUGUUCUAUAAAUUUCCCAUUUUUUCACUGAGGAUCUCACUCAAAUUGUUUUCUAUUCCAGUUUUUCUCUCAGAAAAUCAGUUUGCGCUCCAUUUUCUUGCCAGCCAAACGGCAACCAUGUCGACCCAAGCUAAACGUUAUCGCAUAGGCUAUGCACUGGUGCCCAAGAAAGUGCAGAGCUUUAUCCAGCCCUCCCUCAUCAACCUCGCUAGUCGUCACAACAUCGAUCUUAUCGCUAUUGAUCCCUCGAAAUCCCUAAUUGAACAAGGGUCAUUCGACUGCGUCAUCCACAAGCUGUAUAGUUCAGACUGGAAGCUGCAACUGGAGCGGUUCUCUUUGGAAAACCCUAAUGUUCCCAUUAUUGAUUCUCCUGAUUCCAUCGAGAGGCUGCACAACCGGAUUUCUAUGCUCGAAGUAGUUCGUCGGUUAAAUAUUUCUAAGAGAAGCGAAGUCUUGGAUGUGCCUAAACAGGUUGUUGUUUUGGAUUCGGAGAAUUUGAAGGGAAAUGGUGUAAUUGGGGAGCUAAGAUUUCCUAUACUUGCGAAACCUUUAGUGGCUGAUGGAAGUGCAAAAUCGCACGAAAUGUAUCAAAUUUUUGAUAGUGAAGGGUUGAAGAGGCUAGAUGCACCUAUUAUUUUGCAGGAUUUUGUGAACCAUGGUGGGGUAAUUUUCAAAGUCUAUGUUGCUGGUGACUAUGUGCAAUGUGUGAAGAGGAAGUCACUUCCAGAUAUAUCGCAGGAGAAAUUAGCCACAUUGAAGGGUUCUUUACCAUUUUCUCUAAUAUCGAAUUUAACUGUGCCUGAGAAGAAUGAGGGCUUUGAUAUUGUAGUAGAUCUUGAGAAAGUGGAAAUGCCACCAUUGGGAUUUGUGGAGGAGGUAGCCAAGGCAAUGAGGCAGGAAACUGGGCUUAAUUUGUUCAACUUUGAUGUUGUGAGGGAUGCUAAAGAUGGGAAUAGGUAUCUUGUCAUUGAUAUAAACUAUUUUCCAGGCUAUGCCAAGAUGCCAAAUUAUGAGUCUAUUUUGACAAAGUUUUUCUUGGAUCUUGUCCACGACAAGAAGAGCAGAGAAAUGCUUGCUGGAAACAUUGAAGAUGGAGACCAGCAAAGCAAUAUAGGUGGGAAGAAGGGAACCACUGAUUGAGUUUGCUCGAUGAAUAUUGCUUUGGAAGUUUGGACGUGUUCUUGGUUGAAGCAUUCAUCUGCCUUUGGAGGCCUCUUUUCCAUUUAGUGCUUAUUUUGUAUAUCCUGGUAACUGCCGAAUAUAGGUACUUUUUUAAAUACUUGAAGUUUCUGGAAGGACAGAGCUUGAGGAAAAAUCUGUUGCCAUAGUUGCAAACCUUGUGGUUAUGUGCUGAAAUGUUUAGGCCUUUGCUCCAAAUGACCAUUUCUUCCAUAUUUUCUUUUUGCCUUGCUUUCAUAGUUUUUAGCAUUCUUUUGACUUUUUUUUAAUAUCAAUCUUCAUUACUUUUGCUUGUUU